UUGAUGGGCCAGGUCCAGCCCAGUAUCGAGGGACAUCAGAACGAAGAACGAAUGGCGUUUUGGCGUUUCAUCUUUCAUGUGGAGUAGAUGAGCAAAAACGAAAGGAGGCAGCGUAACCGUAAUCUCACUGUUACUAGUAUCUAUAGUUUGUUACUGUCACUGCACAACUUCCCCAAUCACCAUGGGAGAUUCUCAACGGAUUUCCGUUCACCGCCUUCUCGGCCAAGGCUUAGUUGCCGAUGUGGUGUUGUGGAAGAACUGGCGUGGAGCGGCGGCGCUGCUCGUAUCUUCUUCGACGUUGUGGUACUUGUUCGAGCGAGCCGGUUACAAUUUCUUGUCUUUCGUUGCCAAUGUCGUCUUGCUUCUCGUCCUGAUUCUCUUUUUCUGGGCCAAAGCUGCUAACCUUCUCAAUAGACCGCUUCCUCCUCUCCCCGAUCUGGAGAUCUCGGAGGAAACUGUUGCCAAGGUUGCUGAUGCAGUGCAAAUUUGGAUGAACCGGGCUUUGACAGUUGCACAUGACAUAGCGAUUGAGAGGAAUUUGCUUCUCUGCCUCCAAGUUGUUGGUGGAUUGUGGGCAAUAUCUUUCGUUGGUAGUUUGUUCAACUUUUUGACUUUGAUCUAUGUUUGUGUUCUUCUUAGCCUGUCUCUUCCUGUGUUGUAUGACAAGUACCAGGACCAAAUUGACGACAGAUUAUGUGUUAUAUAUGGGACUAUUCAGACUCGGUAUAAAAAAAUUCACAGUAUUGUUUUAAGCAAGAUUCCAAACCAGUCAAACAAAGAAAAGAAGGCGCAGUAGGAACACUGGUGCAAAUGGAUGAGUGAAGUCUAGUUAGGAGUGUACGAUGAAGUGCUUGAGGUUUGAAAUUUCUUUUUGCUGGUGGGAUGCUAUGGCUCUGUUGAUUGAUGGUUAGAUGGUAUGCUUAUUCUUCAGAAUCAGGAUUGACCAAUAGCUUUGACGUAGGUGGGUAUUCUCUUAUGAUUUUCUAUGUAGCACAUGGAAGAGGCUUUUUGUGAACUUUUAUCAAUGGGUAUAUUGCCCUAGUUAAAUUUUAUUUGAACAAGAUUAUCAGAGAGGGUAAAAAGUAGGAAGGAUGGACAUGGAGAAUUUGUAUGCAUUAUGGUUUUUUGCACGAAAAGGAUUUGGGUUGGGUGGGUUA